AUGCCCCAUUUUUUCUAUAUCCUAAAUGCUUAUCCUCUCAUUACCGCUCCGGCUCCGGCUCCGGCUCGGGCUCAGGCUCAGGCUCAGGCUCAGGCUCAGGCUCAGGCUCAGGCUCAGGCUCAGGCUCAGGCUCAGGCUCAGGCUCAGGCUCAGGCUCAGGCUCAGGCUCAGGCUCAGGCUCAGGCUCAGGCUCAGGCUCAGGCUCAGGCUCAGGCUCAGGCUCAGGCUCAGGCUCAGGCUCAGGCUCAGGCUCAGGCUCAGGCUCAGGCUCAGGCUCAGGCUCAGGCUCAGGCUCAGGCUCAGGCUCAGGCUCAGGCUCAGGCUCAGGCUCAGGCUCAGGCUCAGGCUCAGGCUCAGGCUCAGGCUCAGGCUCAGGCAGGGAGUCGAGCGCACUGCGUGGAGCCGCCACGGCGCGGAAACCGGUAUUCCACGUGUAAGCUCGAGGGCCACGCGUUGAGGCACCGAGGCAGGUCACAUCUGUUGAAGCCGGUGGGUUCGACAUAG